AUGCAGCUGGCGACCCGUUGGAUCGCUUUGGCGAUCACGACGUCAGGUAGUCUCAAACGAAUGUACAAAAAGAGAUUGCAAUGCGUGUGCUUGCAGGAAAUAGUUACACCAUCUCUUGUAGAGAUCUUGCUCUGUGAGUACAACUCGCACCAUGGAGUUGUAGAGCGACAGGACUUGACGAGAGCUGUAAGCGGUUUCAUAAUAGGGACGCUCGGCUGCACACCCUUAUGGCUCGUAGUUGUCGUCCGCGGUACGGGAUCAUCUACCGUACCUUUCUCAUUAGGAAGUGGGCGCGUAGAUGGGAUGGUCUUUAAUGUAUAUUAA